AAUCGAUUUUUCGACUUGUGCCGUUGUUUGGUCCAUAAUUAUGGGCACUGGCUCUUAACCUCUUCCCAUAUACCCGAUAACCCCGCCUAUGUUAUCUCUGUGGUGUUUUUCUAUUUUUCUUUUCUACUAUUUUCAGUUUUCCUUCAAUUUAAAGGAAAUCUAUGGCACAAAAUACCGUGACUGAGCCCCUUUAAUAGCGUGACUGUAGCGACAGGUUACCGUGACUCGCCCCAGGGAGCUCACGGCGAACAAAUCCAUGAUGGCGAUCUUAUUGUUGUAAAGUGUUCAAAACGUGGAGCCUACUACAGACGUUCUCGUCGCCUGUUACCAUGCGUCACGCUUGGUUUAACUUUAUUUUAACGUUUUUUGUUUUCGUCCUAACAUCUGCUAAGCCAAACAUUAUUGUAUUUCUUGUGGACGACCUUGGAAUCGCAGAUCUGGGCUGCUUCGGUAAUGACACGAUCAAAACACCGAACAUUGAUCGGCUGGCUGAAGAAGGAGCUCGAUUGCGACACGACGUCACGCCGGACUCUAUCUGUACACCAAACAGGGCUGCAUUUCUUACAGGAAGGUAUCCCAUCCGAUCAGGACUCGCCGCAGAUAAAGGGCAGCUAAGAGUGCUUGUUUUCACAUCAGCAUCUGGUGGUCUGCCCCAAAAUGAAACCACAUUUGCCGAGAUUGCAUCCGCUGCUGGUUACAGAACAGGUAUCAUUGGAAAGUGGCAUCUAGGGCUGCACUUGUCAUCAAGCUCUGAUUUCCACUUUCACCCUUUGAAGCAAGGUUUUCAUCAUUUUUAUGGUCUUCCACUCAGCAACAUAAAAUAUUGUGAGCCUCAUGGCCGCAAUCAUGUAGGAAUUUUUGUUUUAGGGUUAGAGCCAACUAACGUCCUCAUUGCUGCUGCAGUUAUUGGAAUAACACUGUACAUUUUCUACUCUGGUGGCUUAUUAAGCAAGUGUGCUUUUGUUUCCCUCUUCACUAUUAUUUUGUUGAUCUCCUUUGCAAUGUCUGCUUGUCUUAUGAUGAUGGCUCAAUUUAACUGCUUUCUUAUGAAAAACUAUGAAGUUGUUGAGCAACCAGUUGUGUUGGAAAACUUGACAAUGAGGUUCACAGAUGAAGCAAUCAACUUUAUCAAUACAAACAAAGACAGCCCCUUCCUGUUGUACAUGUCAUUUGCCAAAGUGCACUCACCUCUCUUCACUACACUAUUGUAUGCCAAUCACAGUGCUCAUGGUCACUAUGGAGAUAAUGUUGAAGAAAUGGAUUGGAGUGUUGGUAAGAUCAUGGCUGCUGUUCAAGAACUGGGUCUGAAGGAAAACACAUUUGUUUACUUCACAUCUGACAAUGGUCCUCAUUUAGAAGAUGUAAGCACUUCAGGAGAAUACCAUGGUGGCUGGAGUGGGAUUCACAAAGGAGGCAAAGGACAGUGUUGGGAUGGUGGUGUUAGGAUGCCUACAAUAGUAUCAUGGCCGGGUCACAUUCCAGCUGGUACCUCCCUAGAUGAGCUCACCAGUAGCAUGGACGUGUUACCCACAAUAGCUAAACUAACUGGUGCAGAUCUUCCUGAGGACAGAGUCAUCGAUGGAAAAAAUCUCUUACCACUGUUGACUGACAAGAGACAAGAAGCUCCUCAUGAAUUUCUUUUCCAUUAUUGUGGAAAUCAGGUCCAUGCUGUCCGUUAUCGGCCAAAGAACACUGACACUGUCUGGAAGGCGCAUUUUAUGACACCAAAAUGGACUGAAGGAACUGAAAGCUGUGUCGGGAAAGCCAUAGUUUGUAGAUGUCAUGGGGAUAGGGUCAAAGUCCAAGAUCCUCCUCUUCUUUAUGACGUAACAAAUGAUCCUUCAGAAAGCUCUCCUAUUACUGCAGAUAGGCCAGAGUACAAAGAAGUGAUGAAACAUAUUUCCCCUGCGCUGAUAACCCACAAAGAAAGCAUUAAACUUGUCCCUAGUCAACUGGGAAGAAAGAACUUCUUUCAUCCCCAGUUACAAAUGUGUUGUAACUUUCCCUUCUGCCGCUGUAAGGAAGCUGGCGGAAAACUUGAGCAUUAUUUUCAAUAAGCACUAGGCUUGCUCGUUGAGCGGAUAAGCUGAAUCAAAUUCUGUGCUGUGAUUACCUUGCCCGCUUGUUAUUACGCGCUGUGUCCUACACGAAAAUUUGUUCAGUCUUCAAAUAAGUCCUUUAGUGACCAAGCUUGUUCGGUCAAGAUACAGUGUAUGGUUAUUGACCAAGCGUGAGGUCAAGAUUCACAAG